GCGUUGUUGCAAGCUUUCUACAAGCUUUAACCUAAAGCGGAAGUCUUUCGUUACAUAUUAGUAGCUAUCUUGAAUAAAUAGCAGCUAGCAGGAUACGCUAGUCGCGAACGCCAGGGUGCUCUCAUUACAACACGUCAUCCCACGUCCUCAUCACAGCCGCAAUUUUGCACAGGGAGGCACCUUUACGCACUUCUGGCCCGUCGAGCGACGUGGACGGGGCCAUGGCGCAUGCAAGCGCGGAUGAUUGGCGGUGCCCUGUGUGCAUGGACCUAUUGUACAAGCCAUGCGUUAAUAACUGCGGUCACGCGUUCUGCUUCUGGUGCAUGCAUCACGCAAUGAAUCCCUUCAGGCCGUCGCAGUGCCCGCUCUGCCGCAGCGCCUACACACAUUUCCCGAGGAUCUGCCUACCGCUACACCGCUUCCUGGAAUCCACCUUUCCAGCGCAGUACGCCGAGCGGGAGCGGGAGAAUAAAGAAGUGGAAGCCAAGCAGGGAGUGGAGUCCCCUGAAAUUCCGCAUGAAGCGCCUGAAGCGCCUGAAGCGCCUGAAGCGCCUGAAGCGCCUGAAGGAGCCGGCAGCGAUGAAGGAGCCGCUCCUGCGCCACCUGCCGCUGAGGAGGGAGCGGAUGAGGAUGCUGCUCCUUGUGCAGUUCCUGGCGCUGUUCCUGUUACGGACGCAGCGGGAGAAGCAGCAGCAGCAGCAGCAGCAGCUCCUGCGGAAUCUGCUGCAGCAGCAACAGCAGCGGCAGGAGUGGCAGGGUCGGGGUCUGCUGCGGACGGCGCCUCCAGCGCUCCAGCGGCCCUCUCCGGCAGCCUCCAGACCCCUAGCAGCUCACAUACACCGUCACCGCCGUCACCUCCUGCCUCUUCUUCCCCGUUGCAUGCGGUGGCUGAGGCUGACAAUCAGGCAGCAGCAGCAGCGGCCACAGCAGCAACCCCUGCCCAAACCCCAGCAACCACACCUACUACCACCAACAACAACAGCACUAACAACAAUAACGGUCAGCAGUCCCCCCAAGUGGCUUCUCCGUACCGAUGCCGGCACCCCUCCUGCGGCCGCCUGGCUUGCCAGCCCUCAGUGCUCAGCUGCGGGUGCCUGGUCUGCAACCCCAGCUGCUUGCCCCGUCCGUCCGCCCCUGAGGCAGGAGCCCGGCAGCAGCAGCAGCAGCUGGCAUGCCCCUGCUGUGGUUUGGCCUGCCUGCCUGACCCACGGGUCUGUCAGAUGCUGGAGGACGCACUGCGGCACCUCUACCCCGGCCCCUACCAGCGGCGCAUGAGCGAGGUCACAACGGCUGCCGCUGCUGCUGCCGCUGCCGCUGUCAGGGCGCAGGGGCUGCAGGCGGGAGGUGGCAGCGUCGCUAGCGGGACCGGCGGAGGAGACGGCCAGGGAGAGGGAGGCGCUGUCCUGGGGUCAGGUGUCGCCUCUUCCCCCUCCCCUUCUCCUCCCCAUCCUCACCGAGCAGCCUCCAAGCUACCACGUAUCGACGCCCUCCUGGCCGCUGCCCGCAACGCCUCCACCUCCACCUCUUCCGCCGCCGUCGCCCCUCCCAGCAUGUCGGACAUCCUAGCGGCCCUCCGAGAGGAGCUGGACGCCGCCGCCGACACCGCUUUCACCUGGUACACCAUAGGCUGCGACGACUGCGGCAUGUACCCCAUCACGGGGCGGAGGUACAGGUGCCGCGACUGUCCCGAGUCCAUCGGCUACGACCUCUGCGGUGCCUGCUACGACCGCGGUACGGCAGGCCGGGGGCGCUUCAACCAGGCGCACCGGCCCGACCACCGGCUGGACAAGAUCUCGCACCGGCCCCCCGCCGCUGUUGCUGCUGCUGCUGCCUCCGCCAGCAGACGGAUCAUGCGGCAGGCGCCCGCCUCACAACAGACUCCUCGGGCUGGGGCGCAGGGGACGUCACUGCCGCGGGAGCAGCCGCGGGAGCAAAUGUCAGCGGUGUCAGAGGCGGAGGCUGGAAGCCACGCAUCCGAAGCAGCUGCUUCUAGUACCGGAGCAGCAGCAGCAGCAGUUCCGGAGGAGGUAGCAGCAAGGGGUGGUGCUGGUGUUGCGGAGAGGGGUGGAGAAGCUGCUGGCGGGGGCAGCAACGCGGCAGGCGGCGAGGGUGGCGCCGCCGGUAGCGGUGAUGAGGGCAACAGCGAUGGUGAUGGUGGUGAUGGUGGUGAUGAUGAGGAGGAUGAGGGUAUGGAUAUUGGAAGUGUGGAGAUGCUGACGCUGAUGAACUACCUCGAGGUGCUGAACCCCGAGCUCUCCGUGGAGCACGCCACUGCGCUGCUGCUGGGGGGCAGCCAGCUGCCGCUGCGGGGCAGGCAGCAGCCGCAGGGGGACCCGCCGCCGCCGCCGCCGCAGCAGCAGCCGCUGCCUCAAGGGGGGCAGCUAGAGCCUGCAGGGGGCAACCAGGAGGGUCAACCCGCAGGAGGGUUGCCGGGGCCAUCAGAGGGCCGGGCAGCGGUUGGUCCGGCAGGAGGAGGAGUGACGGAGGCGGCGGGGCCGGUUUUGUCAGCUGCCACUGCGGCAGGCGAACAGUCGCGAGGCGGCAUGAGGGUGCGGCGGGCGGCAGCGGUGGUGGCGGUGGUGGCUGCAGUAGGGGCGGCGGUGGUGGCGGUUGCUGCGUUGAGUGGGAGUCGGGUCAGGCGGGUGUGAAGCAGUGUAGUUUGUGUUGCUGAAGCGGUCUUGCGCCUGGUGGUGUAGGGGUUUGCGGGGCACGAACUGGUCGGGCCUUCCUCCGUUUGCUGUCCUACCUGGGAGCAGCUGUUGGCAUCGUGCUGCCUGGGGUUGCUUGCUGUCUUCUGCUCUGGUGGCCGGUUCUUUCCAUGCAUGCGUGCGUGCACGUCUGUGAUCUUGUCGUGCAUAGAGUGUGGACAGCAGUAUCAGGAGGUAACGUGGCAGUGGCCAAUACGGCAGAGUGUGCCCGCAGUGUGCGCGAUCAAUAGGAUAUAG